AUGGUGACAAUUGAAAAGGUCGAAAAAGAAUUAGAAGAGGCAAAAAGGAGAUUAAACGAGCUUGAGUGUUAUUUGGAUAAUGAAGAGUAUAAGAAUAACAAGCAGAGGAAGAGAUGGGAGGAUCAUAUUGAGGAAAAUCCAACAUUAUGA